GGGAUACGGAAACUGCAGCCAUGACCACCCACGUCACCCUGGAAGAUGCCCUGUCCAACGUGGACCUGCUGGAGGAACUGCCCCUCCCUGACCAGCAGCCAUGCAUCGAGCCUCCGCCUUCCUCCAUCAUGUACCAGGCUAACUUUGACACGAACUUCGAGGACAGGAAUGCAUUUGUCACAGGCAUUGCAAGGUACAUCGAACAGGCUACAGUCCACUCCAGCAUGAACGAAAUGCUGGAGGAAGGGCACGAGUAUGCGGUCAUGCUGUACACCUGGCGCAGCUGUUCCCGGGCCAUCCCGCAGGUGAAAUGCAACGAGCAGCCCAACCGAGUGGAGAUUUAUGAGAAGACGGUGGAGGUGCUGGAGCCGGAGGUCACCAAGCUCAUGAAGUUCAUGUACUUCCAGCGCAAGGCCAUCGAGCGCUUCUGCAGCGAGGUGAAGCGGCUGUGCCAUGCCGAGCGGAGGAAGGACUUUGUCUCUGAGGCCUACCUCCUGACGCUGGGCAAGUUCAUCAACAUGUUCGCAGUCCUGGACGAGCUGAAGAACAUGAAAUGCAGCGUCAAGAACGACCACUCGGCCUACAAGAGGGCGGCACAGUUCCUGAGGAAGAUGGCAGACCCCCAGUCUAUCCAGGAGUCGCAGAACCUUUCCAUGUUCCUGGCCAACCACAACAGGAUCACCCAGUGUCUCCAUCAGCAACUGGAAGUGAUCCCAGGCUACGAGGAGCUGCUGGCCGACAUUGUCAACAUCUGCGUGGAUUACUACGAGAACAAGAUGUAUCUGACCCCCAGCGAGAAGCACAUGCUCCUCAAGGUAAUGGGCUUUGGUCUCUACCUGAUGGAUGGAAAUGUCAGUAACAUUUACAAACUGGAUGCCAAGAAGAGAAUCAACCUCAGCAAAAUUGAUAAAUUCUUUAAGCAGCUGCAGGUGGUGCCCCUUUUCGGCGACAUGCAGAUAGAGCUGGCCAGAUACAUUAAGACCAGUGCUCACUAUGAAGAGAACAAGUCCAAGUGGACUUGCACCCAGAGCAGCAUCAGCCCCCAGUACAACAUCUGCGAGCAGAUGGUUCAGAUCCGAGAUGACCAUAUCCGCUUCAUCUCCGAACUCGCUCGCUACAGCAACAGUGAGGUGGUGACGGGCUCCGGGCUGGACAGCCAGAAGUCGGACGAGGAAUACCGCGAGCUCUUCGACCUGGCCUUGCGGGGCCUGCAGCUUUUGUCCAAGUGGAGUGCCCACGUCAUGGAGGUGUACUCCUGGAAGCUGGUGCACCCCACGGACAAGUUCUGUAACAAGGACUGCCCCGGCACGGCGGAGGAGUACGAGCGAGCCACGCGCUACAACUACACCAGCGAGGAGAAAUUUGCCUUCGUGGAGGUGAUCGCCAUGAUCAAAGGCCUGCAGGUGCUCAUGGGCAGGAUGGAGAGCGUCUUCAACCAGGCCAUCAGGAACACCAUCUACGCCGCCCUGCAGGACUUCGCCCAGGUGACCCUGCGCGAGCCCCUGAGGCAGGCCGUGCGGAAGAAGAAGAACGUCCUCAUCAGUGUCCUGCAGGCAAUUCGGAAAACCAUCUGUGACUGGGAGGGGGGCCGAGAGCCCCCCAAUGACCCAUGCUUGAGAGGGGAGAAGGAUCCCAAAGGUGGCUUUGACAUCAAGGUGCCCCGACGUGCCGUGGGGCCCUCCAGCACGCAGCUGUACAUGGUGCGGACCAUGCUCGAGUCGCUCAUCGCAGACAAGAGCGGCUCCAAGAAGACCCUGCGGAGCAGCCUCGACGGCCCCAUCGUCCUGGCCAUCGAGGACUUCCACAAACAGUCCUUCUUCUUCACGCACCUACUCAACAUCAGCGAAGCCCUGCAGCAGUGCUGUGACCUCUCCCAGCUCUGGUUCCGAGAAUUCUUCUUGGAGUUGACCAUGGGCCGGCGAAUCCAGUUUCCUAUUGAGAUGUCCAUGCCCUGGAUCCUAACAGACCAUAUCCUGGAAACCAAAGAACCUUCCAUGAUGGAGUAUGUCCUUUACCCUCUGGACCUGUACAACGACAGCGCCUACUAUGCUCUGACCAAGUUCAAAAAGCAGUUCCUGUACGACGAGAUCGAGGCUGAGGUGAACCUGUGCUUUGAUCAGUUCGUCUACAAGCUGGCGGACCAGAUCUUUGCUUACUACAAAGCCAUGGCCGGCAGCGUCCUGUUGGACAAACGUUUUAGAGCCGAAUGUAAGAACUACGGAGUCAUCAUUCCUUACCCACCGUCCAACCGCUACGAAACGCUGCUGAAGCAGAGGCACGUCCAGCUCCUGGGUAGAUCGAUUGACCUGAACAGACUCAUAACCCAGCGCAUCUCUGCCGCCAUGUACAAGUCCUUGGACCAGGCCAUCAGCCGCUUUGAGAGUGAGGACCUCACCUCCAUUGUGGAGCUGGAGUGGCUGCUGGAGAUCAACCGGCUCACGCACCGGCUGCUGUGCAAGCACAUGACCCUGGACAGCUUCGACGCCAUGUUCCGGGAGGCCAACCACAACGUGUCCGCCCCCUACGGCCGCAUCACCCUGCACGUCUUCUGGGAGCUGAACUUUGACUUCCUCCCCAACUACUGCUACAAUGGAUCCACCAACCGUUUUGUGCGGACUGCCAUUCCUUUCACCCAAGAGCCCCAACGAGAUAAGCCCGCCAACGUCCAGCCUUAUUACCUCUACGGGUCCAAGCCUCUCAACAUUGCCUACAGCCACAUCUACAGCUCGUACCGGAACUUCGUGGGGCCCCCUCACUUCAAGACCAUCUGCAGACUCCUGGGUUACCAGGGCAUCGCCGUGGUCAUGGAGGAACUGCUGAAGAUUGUCAAGAGCUUGCUCCAGGGAACCAUUCUCCAGUACGUGAAAACACUGAUCGAAGUGAUGCCCAAGAUAUGCCGCUUGCCCAGGCAUGAGUAUGGCUCCCCAGGGAUCCUGGAGUUCUUCCACCAUCAGCUGAAGGACAUCAUUGAGUACGCGGAGCUCAAAACAGACGUGUUCCAGAGCCUGAGGGAAGUGGGCAACGCCAUCCUGUUCUGCCUGCUUAUAGAGCAAGCUCUGUCUCAGGAGGAAGUCUGUGAUUUGCUCCACGCUGCACCCUUCCAAAACAUCUUGCCAAGAGUCUACAUCAAAGAGGGGGAGCGCCUGGAGGUCCGGAUGAAACGCCUGGAAGCCAAGUACGCCCCGCUUCACCUGGUCCCUCUGAUAGAGCGGCUGGGCACCCCUCAGCAAAUCGCCAUCGCUCGGGAGGGUGACCUGCUGACCAAGGAGCGGCUGUGCUGUGGCCUGUCCAUGUUCGAGGUCAUCCUGACCCGCAUUCGGAGCUACCUACAGGACCCCAUCUGGCGGGGCCCGCCGCCCACCAACGGUGUCAUGCACGUUGAUGAGUGUGUGGAAUUCCACCGGCUGUGGAGCGCCAUGCAGUUUGUCUACUGCAUCCCCGUGGGGACCAACGAGUUCACAGCUGAGCAGUGUUUUGGUGAUGGCUUGAACUGGGCUGGCUGCUCCAUCAUUGUCCUGCUGGGCCAGCAGCGCCGCUUCGACCUGUUCGACUUCUGUUACCACCUGCUGAAAGUGCAGAGGCAGGACGGCAAGGAUGAAAUCAUUAAGAACGUGCCCCUGAAGAAAAUGGCAGACAGGAUCAGGAAGUACCAGAUCUUGAACAAUGAGGUUUUUGCCAUCCUGAACAAGUACAUGAAGUCUGUGGAGACUGACAGUUCCACCGUGGAGCACGUGCGCUGCUUCCAGCCACCCAUCCACCAGUCCCUGGCCACCACCUGCUAGGCAGAAGGUCCUGCAAACCCUCAACCUGGAGGAGAUGAAGCAGCAGGAGAGAAAAAGCCAAGGCCAGCCCUGCAACAGGGUUUGACUGGACAGCAUGUGGGGUAGACCUGGAAGCCAAUAAGAACCUCCCCAAACACAUCUAUGCCUCCCAAGGGCUGGGCCUGUGCAUGUUCUCCCAUGACAUCUCCAUGGUGGUUUUGCCCUAGUAUAAAUGAAAAAAACAAAAACAAAAAAAACCGAAAAAAAUAGGGCAGUAUGUGCUUUUUUUUCUUUCUUUUUUCCAUCAGCUAUGUUAAGAGCCCUAGUUUCACCCUUUCUCCAUCUCAUGGCCCCACCCCACAUCUGUGGUUACUUCCCAAGACCUCCUCCAAGAUGGUGACCUUUUACCCGGGUGCCCAAGUGUGACCUCAGAAAUGGAGGAAAGAGUGUGGCCAUGGCCCAAGAAAUCAGCAUAACCUGAUGGUCAUGCCUCCUCUCACUGGCUUCCUCACCUCCUCUGGCUCCCUCCCCCCAUUUUUCCAGGUGGUAUCUCUUCCUGCUCUGGACACCAGAGAUUCUACCACCAAGAGUACUCCUGGACCAGGCACUGAGAGCCAUGGCGAACAGGACAAGGUUCUGGUGUCGGCACCAUGGUAGAUGGUGUUGGCCCUGGCCUUCCAUGGACUGCAAACCACAUCCUAACUCUCCUCUCGAGGCUUUCCUAGAACUCAGAUAUAUGUUCACAAUUGUAUCCCACUAGGAGGAUGGUCAGGCCCGGUGGGCGGAAGAGGUGUUCAUGAACACAGCCAAGAAAUCCAUAGCCCGAAGCAGAAAGCUGUUAGACAGUUUCAUCAGCUUGAUGGCGAGACGGUUCCUUUAUUCAUUAAGCAAAUCCUUGCUGAUCACCAAGCUGCACAGGGCGAUGGACACUGGGAAUGCAGCCUGGAGCAAGUCAGGUGUGCCCUGCCCACAGCAUUAGCCAGCCAGCGAAUUAGGGACCACUUUGCACAGGCUCUCAUCAGGGAAAACUCCACAUGAAAGAAAAUGUUAAGGGCUUAUUUUAAUAGGAGCCAGAAACGUUGGGGUCAGGGAGGUGAAGGGUUCCAAAUAAAACCUGUCAAUGACACUUUGAUACCAAGACCCACCCGCGAAAAGGAGUUGUUUUAGCGAAUCGGGACUUCCAUUGUCCCAGAAACAGAUUCUUGAGACAUUUUAUCUCUGCUCUCAGCUUUCUUAAUGCUCCUGAACUUACCUUUUGAGGUACAGGGCAUAUCUCGCAGGGGCCCCAACUACUUCCAUUUCCCAGACUGAACCAAAAUUCCUAGCAGAAUCUCCCCCCAAGUGUGGGGAGAAUGGAAAGACAGAAACCUUCGGAAACAAAUGUCUCAUUACAGAGCACACCAUCUUCAAAGGGGGUCUGUGUCCCUGAGCUUUUAAGAAAAUGUAAAGUGAGACGUUUGAUGUCCCCUACCCACCAGCCCAGGGAGGAAAAGGAAAGAGAAAAAUAGAAUAAUGUCCCCCUCCCUUGGGGAGGGUGGAUGGAAGUGGUUACCAUUAAUCAGAUGGCCCAUUUUAACCCCAUGGGAAGAGCAAAGAUGAGUCCACAGCGAGAGGUUUGGGUGAUACACUGAUGCUCACCAGGGAGGAGAGAGGUGAGGCUCACCAAGAGCGGUCCCAGGGCCUCCUACAUCAGCGCCUCCUGAGAUGAGCACGUUUGAUGCCAUUCCUGGGCCCCACCUCACACCCACUAAUUUUGCAUCUGUGGGAGUAAGGUGGAAAGAUCUGCACUUUCCAUAAGCUCUCUGAGCUCUGUUGCACAUGGAAGUCUGAGGACCGCUCCUUAGAGGUAGGUCCUCUCCACUGCUAACCUUGGCCUUUGAGCUCCCUCUAAGCCCUGAAAAUCAAUAUUCGUUGGGAAGGAGAGUGGUUCAAGGUGGAAGCUGACAGGUCCUCCUGUCUGGAGGUGCCACUACCUAUUCUGAUUUCUUAUUUUUCCCUCUUGAUGACCAUAGAUGUGUCCCAAAGGCAAGAGGAAAAAGCUCUGGUUGAAUGACACAGAACAGGCCUUCAAAACCCACAUAAAACCUCUAAGUUCCAGAACCUUCUGAACCUUCAGUCCUGUCUGGGAAUAGUAGCUCUUUCAGACAGAUAACCAGCUCUUAAGUCCUAGAGAUCAUUCCAGAUCCUUGACUGUUGCCUUUGUGAAGAUUUGGAUCAUCCAUUUGAUGAGAUUGCUAUUUCAGCAACCCGCCCUUCUGGCCCAGCAUUCAUAAACCUGAAUUUGACCCUCUGGGUAGCAUCCCAUUAUCCUUAAGAGAUUCAAUCCCAGUAAAUUGAGGUCUUCACCUUUGGGAGAGACAUCUCAUUUCCCCAGCUUGCCAGCAGCAUUUAUUUAUGAGCAUCGAACAGGUUUAAAAUUUUUUUCCUCCCUGAUAUUAUACAACCCCCCUUUGAUUUUUUUUUUUUUUUUCUUGUGAGUCUAAGAACCAGGAAAAAAAACAACUUAGGUUUUAAAAAGUAAAAAAAAUAAAAAUAAAAAUCUGUUUCAGAAACUGUCAAAUGUACCAUAUUUGUAUUAAGAGUUGUUGGGGAUUUUUGUAUAAUGAAUUUACAUUUAUUUAUAGUGACUUCUGUUUACGCUUGUGAUCCAGUAAUGAUGUUAAAUCCUUUAAUCAUAUUUGCUAUGCAGCUGAAGAUGAUAUUUUGCUUUGUAUUUUGGAGUACCUGUGUUGAGUUGACAAACAUUUCCAUCUUCAUUAAAAUUGCUUCCAAACUGGUGAAAACAGCA